AUGGCGCGACCCAGAAAUGUCACCGAAAUAUUUAACAACGAAAUUAAAGAGCAAUUUCAUUUCAAUUUUGAAUUGAAGGACGAACAGGUACGGGUUGUAGAUAGUAUUCCACAACAUAAUCACACAGUUGGUGUUUUUCCAACAGGGUUUGGUAAAAGCAUAUGCUAUCUUUUACCGCCCUUGAUAUUUGACAGACUUGACAACAAAGUACAGCAUACAUGUAUUGUGGUCUCGCCAUUAAAGAGUUUAAUGCUUGACCAGUGCAAACAUAAUGCCAGUCAUGGAAUCAGUGCAGCAGUUAUACAAGCAAAAGAUGAAAUGUCCUCAAAAGUAGUGGAAGGAAUCAAGAAAGGGACAUUUUCUGUGCUUUAUAUGUCUCCCGAGACUUUACUAGACAUAGAUUCCUGGAAAGACAUGCUGUUGGGUUCUAAGAUUUAUAAAGAGAGUGUCUGCCUUAUUGCAAUAGAUGAGGAACACAUUAUGGAGUCAUGGUAA